UAGGCGAGGAUGUAACACUUUAUUGCGAGCUUGACAAUCUUCCGACUCAUCAUUCUGUACAGUGGUAUAUUUGGAGGACGGAUAUCACACAGUGGUUACUCAUCAGUAGAAAUAGUACAAGAAUUAUAUACACUCCUCCCCAACAUCCAAACUACAAUAUAACUGGAACAUAUAAUCUAAGGAUUACUGCAGUGGUAGAUAUUGAUUAUACCAAGUUUUAUUGUGAAGAGGCAAGGUCUGGGAAUCUAAGAAGUAGAGAUUUCUACGUUAGACGACCAGUUGCGCCAGACAGUCCACCUACCAUAUCAAGUAGCAAAGACCUCUCUAAUAUCAGAUCAGGUGACACUCUACAGCUAACAUGUUCCAGCACUGGUGGAGUGGAGGCACCAACUGUAAAGUGGUACCAGGGAAACAAAGAAAUUACAGAUACAAGUAAGGUAGAGUUUCAGCCGAAUAGCAACUGGGCUACAGCUCCAAGUCAGGCUAGUAAAAAUGUACUCACUCUGCAACUCACACCAGAUCACAAUGGGAAUACGUAUGAAUGCAGGGUGACAAAUAAGGCCCUUACAGGAUAUCAGACUGUUCGCAAAAUAUUAAACGUUAAAUAUGCACCGCAAACUGUCACUAUAGGUCCGAAUCACUCUCCAUACAAUGUCAUCAAAGGAAAAAAUGCAACAUUCACAUGUACAUCUGACGGAAACCCAUCUCCUCGCAAUUAUACAUGGAAAAGAGAUAAUGUUCAAAUGGAAGCUACGGCUGCUAACACAUGGGACAAUACAAACGUACAAGAGUCAACAGAUCCCGGAACUUACACAUGUACGGCUUCAAAUAAUAUUGGGGAUCCGAAGUUGUCAACGAAUGCAGUGCAGUUUGAUGUCUUAUAUCCUCCUACAAUAAAGAACUUACAGGAUAGCUAUAUUUACUAUGAAAAUGAACCCCCUUUAAAGAUAACGUGUGCAGCUCAGGCUAAUCCUGAUGAUAUAACGUAUGUCUGGGCUGGGGGACCAGCGAAUUCGGAUUCUAAAACAUUAACGAUACAUAACAGAACCGAGGGAGGUUACUACACCUGUAAAGCAAGAAACAACAUGCAGCCAAGUGUUGGUGAUUCACAACCUGGAGAAGAUACAAAGAAUAUAUAUGUGAAUGCCUAUU